AGGAGCGUUUGUUCUUCGCCGCCCACUUGGCCACUUCGCUCGCUCCCCGCCCGGCGGCGCAACGAUUCUUUUUCUCCUCGUCCGGAAGCCCCUCCGCAGCCGCAGCCGCGGGCGUCUGCCGUCGCACUCAGUGUACAGUCAAAAGCACUUCUGCUGCUGCUGCUGCUUCUUCAGCUGAUUUGUUACGGAUGGAUAAGCUCGACGGCUCUGCGAGUCUUGUGAUUGUCUCCGAUCUUGACCAGACGAUGAUCGAUCAUGACGAUCGAGAGAACUUGUCCUUGCUUAGGUUCGAGGCACUGUGGGAGGCCGAGUUCUCCCAAGAUUCUCUGCUGGUCUUCUCAACUGGAAGAACGCCUAUCAGUUACAAGGGCUUGCAGAAAGACAAGCCUCUGAUCACACCAGACAUCACUAUUAUGUCUGUUGGAACUGUGAUCGCAUAUGGGGAAGAGAUGAUCCGUGAUGUUGGCUGGGAGGAAUAUUUGGACAACAAGUGGGACAGGAAUAUCGUUGUCGAGGAGACAGCUAAGUUCUCUCAGCUAAAGCCUCAGCCAGAGAGGAAUCAAGGUCCCCAUAAGGUUAGCUUCUUUGUUGGUAAGCAGGAUGCUCAGGAAGUAAUGGAUUCUCUCCCUCAGAAGUUGAAGAAACGAGGGCUAGAUGUGAAAAUAGUCUACAGCAGUGGCGAGGCCCUUGAUGUUUUACCACAAGGUGCAGGAAAAGGGCAGGCUCUUGUAUAUUUGUUGAAUACACUCAAAUCACACGGGAAAGCACCAAAUAAUACUCUUGUUUGUGGUGACUCUGGAAAUGAUGCAGAAUUAUUCAGUGUCCCAUCUGUACAUGGCGUCAUGGUCAGUAAUGCCCAAGAGGAGCUGCUUCAGUGGUAUGAAGAAAAUGCAAAAAAUAAUCCUGAAAUAAUUCAUGCAACUGAGAGAUGCGCUGCCGGUAUCAUGCAAGCUAUCGGUCAUUUUAAACUAGGACCCAAUGUUUCUGCAAGAGAUCUCGAUUUCCCUUAUCCAAAGGCAGACACCAUCAAGCCUGCAGAAGUGGUGGUGAAGUUCUAUGUUCUCUAUGAGAAGUGGCGGAGGGGUGAGCUUCCAAAUUCUUCAUCAGUUAUGGAGUACUUGAAAAGCAUUACUCAUUUGAAUGGAACAAUUAUUCAUCCUUCUGGAUCAGAGUGUUCUCUUCACGCAUCCAUUGAAGCUCUAAGUUCUUGCUAUGGUGACAAACAAGGCAACAAGUUCCGGGUAUGGGUGGAUAGACUAGUUACAUCACCAAUUGGUACAAGUAACUGGUUGGUGAGGUUUGAUAACUGGGAAAUAGAAGGCGGUGCUUGGUAUUGCUGCCGCACUACUCUUCUGCUGAACAUGAAGCCUGAGACUCUAGAGGGCUUGGAGCUGACACACAUUCACAAGACCUGGGUUGAAGGGCACUCUUCAGGGAGCGAGCACACAUUCAUCUUGUAGGUCAAUUAGUCACUUGCAAAGUGCAAACAGGCAUAGCAUAUAUUUUUCUUCAAGAGUCCAAAUAGAAUCAGAAUGUAUUUGCAGGUACACUCGAUGCUUGGUAAUUCCAUGUAAUGUACAAUAAAACAUGUUCCAUGAUUUUGUCUUGUGAAGUCCAUGAGAUCCCAAAAUUAACUGAAGCUCUUGCUUGAAAGAAAAAGUUUGUUGAUUUCA